GUCACUUUGUUGAUGGCGAGCCGUGGUGUUGUUUCACAAAUAAAUAAACCACAACAAAAUGUAAAUCGGAAGUUUCGAGCGAAUACGUCGGUGGCAAGUGAACUGUGGAAUUUGCGUUAAUCAAGAUAUUGUUGAUUCUUAUCAUUGAUAAAAUGAACACACAGGUGGUAUCAAGAGAGCGAUCAAUUUUUUUGUCCAAACUUAGCUUCCCAACAAGUUCUUCUGACAGUCGUUUGCAGGAUGAAGGGAACAAUUCGGACGUCGAAGGCAAAGUCAAAAACAGACUCCUCUCAAUGUGGAAUAACGUGAAAUAUGGGAUGAAGCUCAAGACGAACUUCUCGAAAGAAUCUCCCGUCUGGCUCUUGGGCAAGUGCUACCGCAGGAUCGAAAGUCCCUCCUCUGACAGCACCGAGCUCGGGACCGACGUUGCAGCCUUCCAGAGCCAGAGCGAGAUCGCCAGUAGCGACGACGAAGGCUUCGAAGGAUUCAAAAAAGACUUCAUUAGCAGAUUAUGGCUAACAUAUCGGCGCGAGUUCCCCAUUCUGAACGGCUCCAACUACAGCAGCGACUGCGGCUGGGGCUGCAUGCUGCGGAGCGGGCAAAUGCUGAUCGCCCAAGCCCUAGUCUGCCACAUUCUGGGCAGGGACUGGCGGUGGCAGCCCGACCACCAGCCUACGACGAGGGAGAGUUUCAUCGAGGUGGUGAACCACCGGAAAAUUAUCAAAUGGUUCGGCGACAAGCCCUCCAGGAACAGCCCCUUUUCCAUCCACACGCUCGUGGCCUUGGGCGAAGCCUCGGGCAAGAAGGCCGGCGACUGGUACGGCCCCGGGUUCGUCGCGCACCUCUUUCGGCAGGCGUUCAAGCGCGCCUCUGAGGACAACUACGAGUUCGAUUCGCUGACGGUGUGUGUGGCCCAAGACUGCGCAGUUUACAUUAAGGAUGUGAUGGAGGAGUGCACGGAUAAAAACGGCAAGUGGAAAUCUCUGAUUUUGCUGAUCCCGGUCCGGUUAGGGGCCGAGAAGUUCAACUCGAUUUACGCCCCCUGUCUCACGACCCUGUUCAGCUUGAAGCAGUGCAUAGGCAUAAUCGGGGGGCGCCCUAAACAUUCCUUGUACUUCGUAGGUUACCAAGACGAUAAGUUGAUUCAUUUGGACCCGCAUUACUGCCAGGAAGUUGUCGAUGUUUGGGCGGUUGAUUUUCCCUUGACGAGUUUCCACUGUAGGUCGCCGCGGAAAAUCCACUUAAGCAAAAUGGAUCCGUCUUGUUGUAUCGGAUUUUAUUGCCCUACCAAAGAGAGUUUUUUUAAUCUCAUUGAAAUUGUCCAGCCUUUGGUUAUUCCUCCCGGACGAACUGAUAGCCCCGGCAGCGAAUAUCCCAUGUUCAUAUUCUGUGAUGGGUACAGCCGUGAUGCCCAGUUGUCCCCGAAAAAAUUACCUCCAUCUGAGUUAGAAUAUUCCAUGGAUAGUAGCACUGACGGCGAUGACAUGGGCACCGAGGCGUUUGAAAUACUGUAGUUAACCAAUUGUUAGUUCCGUUUGUUGGUUAAAAAGGAUAAAUGACUGAUUGUUAUUAAAAUAUCAAUAUUUUAAAAUGUUAAAGAUUCUCUAUUGCUACGACUAUGUGCUAUGUCCUGAACAAUCUAUGACAUUUUCUACCUAAGUUUUGUACAUAUGACUUUUUUAUUUGCUAUUUAUUUAACUUAUUUUUGUAUUUCUUAGUAAACUUGUUACUGUGAAUGAA